GUUUGUUUUUACGUGUAUGCAUAAUAAGUAGUAGAAUUGUGUGUAGAGUUGAAUCCUAUAUUAUGCAUUUCAUUGUGUAUCGAUGUUUAAUAGUAUGAUUCUAAGAUACCUAUUUAUGUGCAGAUAGAAUUAUUCAAUAAUUCAAUAUUCUGAGUUUCCGUCUGCUUAAAUGACAGCGAUUAAAGCUUGAAUAUUGCGAGAAAUUAUUUUCAUUGUUAUAACUGUUUGACUUGAGCUUUUUCAAAGAAUUCAGUUGGUGCUUCUUUUGUAUAUUUUUUGUAAGCUGCCACGAAUUGUUUACUCGACUUUUACAUAUAUUAAACAGAAGCACGUUUCUGUACAUUUUUUAAUGUAAAUGUGCCAGUUUUCUUCAAUUGCGUCGAUAUAGUGCAUAGACUGCAUAGUAUACCUUUUUUAUGUCAUCCAUCCUUUGAAAGAAGUUGAAGGAUGGGCAAUGCAGGCAGCAAUAUAAAUUCCCACGGUAGUGGUGGUGUUCCUCAUCGCGAAGCUCUUCAUCGACCUAGUAAAGAACGUCCUACACUUUCAUAUUCACUGAAGGAUUCGAGUUCUGGACGAGCAGAAUUCACAUUUGCUCAAAAACCACUUGUCUUCCAGUCUUCAAAUGAUGAGGAUGAGCCUAGUACUUCAAAGCAAGCUGAUGUGAAAGAAGAAAUUAAUUUCCAUGGAGCACGUCCCCGAUCUAAUACAGUUUCUGAGGGUACAACUCAACAAGACAAAAAGACUUUGCCAACUGUUUUCAAAUGGGAAGGUGGUGGCAAACAAGUAUUUAUAAGUGGCACAUUUAAUGAGUGGAAAACAUUGCCAAUGGUCAAAAGUCAUGGAGAUUUUGUAACCAUUAUUGAUUUACCAGAAGGUGAACAUCAAUACAAAUUUUAUGUUGACGGCGAGUGGAGACAUGAUCCUUCUUUAAAAGUUGUUGACAAUGGUAUGGGAUCUAAAAGUAAUUGUGUAUCUGUAAAGCAAUCUGAUUUUGAAGUUUUCCAAGCACUAGCAAAAGACAGCGAAGGAGGAAUAAGCAAUGCCCAAGCUGAUUAUGGUCAAGAAAUACCUACUAAUAAACCAUGGGAAAAAGUCUCAGGUCCUCCAAUCUUACCUCCUCAUUUGUUGCAAGUUAUUCUUAACAAAGAUACACCGCUAUCGUGUGAACCAACUCUUUUACCUGAACCAAAUCAUGUGAUGUUAAAUCACCUCUAUGCCCUUAGUAUUAAGGAUAGUGUAAUGGUGCUCUCUGCAACUCAUCGUUAUCGUAAAAAAUAUGUUACAACCCUACUUUACAAGCCUAUUUGAUGGGAAGUAACUGAAAUCAUGACUAGUUACAAAAAAAUUAUGAAAAUAUGACAAUGAUAAAGAAAUAUUGCCAUGAAGUCAUAUGAAAGCUACCCACCAAUUAGAUGAAGUAAAGUUAUGCCAUAAAUGUUAAACAAUAAUUGAUGACAGCUAAAUUAUUGAAUAGUAAAUGUGAUUGUAAUAUAUUUUAUGUAUGUAUACUUUAUUGAAAUAUUAAUAUGAAAUCAUAAAAACCAAUUUUUUGAUA